AUGGCCGUGGUGGCCACUGGUCAGUCAUCUCUGGUGGCUGGCCAAACCUCUACAUCUACUCCUACACCUACUAUGACAAUGAAAUAUUCCCAUAAUGAACCUAUAAUACCUAAGAUGGAUUACAGACAUAUACUUCAACCACAAAACCCUAAUCCCAUGCAAAAUGUUACGUCCAAACUCUCUGUUAAAAAGGUGGAAUAUCGCAAUGGUGUUCAUGUAUUGCGAUGGACUGAGAGGGAGGUGGAUCAGAUGGAGAAAUUGGAAGAUUUCAAGCAUGCAGUCGUUGGUAAAUUUUCAUAUGGAUGGACAUCAUUGGAGGAACUAAGAUCUAUCAUCCCUGCUCAAUGUGGGAUGAAAGGGAAGUGCACCAUUGGCUUGUUUCGUGAUAGACAUGUGCUUAUUAGGCGUUCGACAAAGGAGGACUUUGCUACUCUUUGUUCAAAAGGUGUGUAUUACUUACAAUCUAAAGAUGGAUAUUCGUACCAAAUGAGACCUUUGAUAUAUGAUUCUAAGUUUAAAGUUGAUCAAGAAACAUCAAAGGUUAUAUCUUGGAUCUCCUUUCCAUACUUGCUGCCUACUUUCUUUGUCACAGAGGCAUUAUUUUCACUUGCAUCUGCUGUUGGUAUACCUCUUCAUGUGGGUCUUACCACUAUUAAUCGCACAAGACCAAGUUGUGCAAAAGUCAAAGUGCUUAUGGACUUACUGGCAGAUCUACCUGAUUUUGUUAAUAUGGAAAUUGAAGAUGAGGAUUCUAAGGAAUAUUGUAAAGAAUGUAAGUUACAAGGGCAUAAUGAGGCUGAAUGCAGGAGACUUCAUCCAGAACUAGCAGUAUUUUAUGAGGGCAAGGAGAAGGAUGAUGAGCAUGUAGUGAAUGAGCCUGGGAAAGUGGAAAAUGAUUCUGUAAAGAAAGGGAAGGCUAUUGUGAUUGAUGAGGUGAAACAUGAUGAGGUAGCAAAUGGCAAAUUACUUGAUGCACAACAUCAAAAGAAUCAUUUUUUUUUUCAGAAUAUGAGGAGAUUUAAUGCUAGGAGAUUAGCUAGUGGGAAAUUACUUGGUGAUCCUGGGAAUUGGAAUGUUGUUAAAGAUAAUAGGGAUUUCUCGAGUGCCAAGCAGGAUAACUCAGAUUCAAAGUUGUCACAGAUCACCCCAACUGAGAUUAAAGAUACAAAUGUAAUGGUCCAAAACAUGUUUGAGGUGUUACAAAAUUAGAAUAAUGGAGAUGAUAUUGAUGUAGAAGUGGUAAAUAACAAUGCAGAUGAAGAUCAGGAGCAGGAGUUAAUUAUCUCUGAAGAUCAAAGAAGGCAAGGCGAUCACAAUCAAAAUUUGUUGUUAAUAAAGAAUGAUUCAGAGAAGAAAUCAAAUGUUAAAGUGGAGAACAAGUUGGAGGAUUCACAAGAUCUAAUGGUCUCAACUGACAAUGAUAAAAUUGCAGAAGUGGAGCUUAUCAGUGUUGAAGGGCAUGAAGAUAUAGUCAAUUCUCUUCAGGUGUUGGUUCAAGGAAAAGACAUGCACUCUGAUGAUCUGGAGGCUCAACCAAAAAUUGUUACUGAUACUUUGAAGGUGAUGGAUGAUCAUGCUGAUUCAACUCUGUGUGAACUUAAAUGUAAUAGAGCAAGGUGAGGUGCUGGAUAAAAAAGUGGAUGUUGUCAUUGGAUCAGAGAUGAUUCCUGAUAACAAGAUUGUUGAUAGUUAUUCUUGAUAACAAGAUUGUUGAUAGCACAAAAGAGUGCUUAGCUAAUUUCUCUAUACCUGAUAACAUGCUUGAGAAAGAUAGCAAAAUGGAAUCUACUUUGGAGAAGGAACAUGUCACUCUAGUAUUAUCAACAAAUGUAAGCAUGAUUAAUGAGAGUGGUGGUGAUAGGAGCAUACAGGUUGAUGCAGAUAGGGAGACUGAAGAGAUUUCUAAUGAGGAUGUAGACAAUUCUAGUAGUAACUUGCAGUUGGGUGGCUGUUAUCAUGAAAAAGGUGCAUAUGCAGAAGAAAGGAAUUUAGAUUUGGCUAUUAUUCCUGAUGUCAAGGAUGCUCAGCCUCUGAGUGUUGCUGUAAGGAUUUUCCCUAAUAAGGCUUUGCAUGAUGUUGUUUCUCAUUAUCUACAUGAUGAAAAAGAUAAGUUGACUUUGGUCAAAAAUAAGAAAGAAGAUGCUGAUGGUACUGCUAUUGAUAUGAGUCUUCAACAGAUGUGCAUAGAAGCAGGAUUAUCUCCAAAAACACAAAGCAAAGGGUCAAAGAAAGGAUGAAAGCAAAAUUCUUCUGAUGUUCCACAAACAGUAAGGUACUCAACAAGGAAUAACUCUAAGAAAUCUAUUAAAUGAUUGUUAAAUCCUUAUUUUGGAACAUAAGAUAGUGAAGUCUCAACAAGCAUUUCAUAGAGUUCAAAUGUUAAAUAGGCAUCACAAGUUCUUUUUGGUGGCUCUGAUGGAACCUUUUCAGCAUCAGAGACAGAUUCAGAAAUAUAGAAGGAGACUUGGAAUGCCUUAUGCUAAUUUCAACUAUAAUGGUAAAAUUUUGUUUUUUGUUCAACAUAAUGUAGAUGUUGAGGUUCUUUUGGAUACUAAACAAUCCAUUACUAUAAAGCUGAAGUUUCAAGAAUUGAAUAGAGAUAUUGUGGUUACAAUGGUCUAUGCUAAAUAUUCAGAAGUGGAGAGAUUGCAGUUAUGGGAUAGUUUAUACUUCUUGGCUAGUAACAUGACAUCUCCUUGGCUGAUUGGUGGAGAUUUCAAUGUUAUAUUGAAUGAAGAAUAAAAAAUAGGACGUUUACCAGUUUUUCCACAAGAAUAUGAAGAUUUUGCCUUUUGUCUGAAUUCUUGUGAGUUGCAUGAGAUGCCUUUCAAAGGGAGUCCUUUCACUUGGUGGAAUGGUAGGGCUUGCAAUGACUGCAUUUUCAAGAGGUUGGAUAUGAUUAUGCAUAAUGAUACAUUCCAGAAUUGGUUUGGACAGCUUGAAGUGGAACAUUUGUCAAGGACUGGUUCUGAUCAUGCACCAUUAUUUGUAUCUUGUGGAGAUCAAGUGGAGAAUUUUAUCAAACCAUUCAGAUUUCUCAAAUUCUGGGUGGAGCAUGAUACUUUUCUUGACUUUAUUAAGCAGUAAUGGGAAGCAGACCUAUCUGAUGAUGUUUUUCUUUCCUUUAAACUCAAAAUGAAGAAACUGAAAGGUGCUUUAAGUACAUGGAGUAAGGCUACUUUUGGGGACAUUUUUAAACAACUAGUGAUCAGAGAGGAUAUAGUUAAGAUUAAAGAGCAUUUGUUUGAGGAGAACCCCUCUGAAGAAAAUAGAAUUGUCAUGCAAAGGGCUCAAGAUGAACUUAAACUGUAUCUUCAGUAUGAGGAAGAAUUCUAGAGGCAAAAAGCUGGGAUGGACUAUUUCUCAGAAGGUGAUAAAAAUACAAGAUUUUUCCAUAGUCUGGUAAAAGGAAGAAGGAAAAGAAUCCAGAUCAAGAGGAUUCAAGAUGCUGCUGGAAAUUGGCUAGAGGAUGCUGAUAGAGUUGCUAGUGAAGCUGAUAACUUUUUUCAUAAGAAAUUUACUGAUGGGGAGGUUAGUGAAGAUUCUCCAAUUCUUAAUCAUAUUCCUGAACUGAUUAGAGAAGAGGAUAAUGUGCUACUUGCUGAACAACCUACUAUUGAGGAAGUACAGAAGGCAGUGUUUGAAUUAAAUGGGGAUAGUACUUGUGGCCCUGAUGGAUUUUCUGGGAUUUUGUAUCAGAAGUGUUGGGAGGUGAUCAAGGCUGAUGUAUUUAGUGUUGUUAAAGUUUUCUUUGAUGGUCAGACUCUUCCCAAGUCAAUCACUAACACUACUUUAGUUUUGUUGCCAAAGAAGAAUGUUGUUGAGUCUUUCUCUGAUAUGAGACCUAUAAGUCUUAGCAACUUUAUCAAUAAGGUCAUAUCAAGAGUAGUUCGUGAUAGAUUGGACAAGUUACUUACAAGGGUGAUAUCUCCAAAUCAAUCAGGUUUUGUCAAGGGUAGGAAUAUAAUUGAGAAUGUAUUGUUGACGCAAGAAAUUGUAACUGAUAUAAGGAAGAGAGGAAAACCAGCAAAUGUUGUGAUUAAGUUGGAUAUGACAAAAGCAUAUGACAGGGUCUCAUGGUUAUAUCUCUGUAAGGUGAUGAAGAAGAUGGGAUUUCUUAGAGCUUUCAUUGAUCUUAUAGCAAAUAAUUUGUAUUAUGUGCUUCUAAAUGGUCAGGCACAUGGUUUCUUUCACUCUACAAGGGGUGUCAAGUAGGGGGAUCCACUCUCUCCUGCUCUUUUCAUCAUAGCUGUAGAAGUUCUUUCAAGGGCAUUAAACUCUUUGUUUGAUCAGCCUGGUUUUGUUGAUUAUGGGAUGCCAAAAUGGAGUGCUGAGCUGAAUCAUCUGGCAUAUGCAGAUGAUAUAAUCAUCUUUUCUACUGCAGACAACUGCUCUUUACAGAUGAUUAUGGAUACUCUUCAAGAAUAUGAGAAAAUAUCUGGACAACUGAUAAACAAGAGGAAAAGUUCUUUUUAUAUGUUCAGCAAAGUUUCAAAUGAGUUGAGUCAGCAGGUUGCAGCAGUAACAGGAUUUGUGAGGGGGCAAUUUCCUUUUACAUAUCUUGGAGUACCAAUUACUCAUGCCAGGAAAAGGAAAGUGGAUUAUACUGAGUUAUUGAAGAAAGUCAAAGACAAGUUUCAAACUUGGAAAGGAAAGUUACUGUCUUAUGGUAGAAAAGCAGUGUUGAUUACAAGUGUCCUUCAAAGUAUCCCAAUUCAUGUUCUAUCUUCUAUAAGGCCUCCUCAAUGUGUUAUUAAAGAACUACACAGGAUCUUUGCAAGGUUCUUUUGGAAUAAUAAGGAGGAAGGAAGAUGCAGACACUGGUCAUCUUGGCUUAACAUGUGCCUUCCUAAACAUGAAGGAGGUUUGGGUUUCAGGUCUAUUUAUGACCUGUCCAAAGCCUUAUGUGCUAAACAUUGGUGGAAUUUUAGAACCACUAGUUCACUUUGGGCUAAUUUCAUGUGGAAUAAAUACUGUAAGAAGCAAAUUCCUCAGGUGGUUCAAUGGAAGGGAGGUUCACAAGUCAGGAAGAUGAUGUUGGAAGUAAGGGAAAGUAUUGAGCAGAAAAUCUGGUGGGAGCCAAAGAUUGGAAGUUCAAACAUCUGGUUUGAUAAUUGGACUAAGUUAAGUGCUCUCAGCUAUGUGGUUCCAUAGUCCUGGCAUAUCAAUGAUCAUGCGGAAGAUAUUUCUGAGCUUAUGUCAAAUGGAAGAUGGGAUAUUAACAAACUCAUGCGGUUGUUUCCUGAAGAUAUAGUGCAACAUAUAACACAGGAAAUUGAGAUUAAAUAUGCAUCAAAUGAAUAGGACAGAUCUUGGUGGAUGAUGAAAAGUACAGGAAGGUUUACAGUAAGUAGUGUAUGGGAGCUAUUGAGACAAAAAGCAGAGUUAUUAAAUGGAUGAGACCUGCAUUAGGAUUCUACAAGUAUAAUACUAAUGGAGUUGCUAAAGGAAAUACCUGGCCAAGUUCGGCUGCAUUUUGUAUCAGAAAUGAAGAUGGUGAUUUGGUGUAUGCAGUUGCUAAAACUCUGAUUGAUAGAUCAAAUAUAGUUUCUGAGGCUGAGGCUAUUAGAAUGGGUCUGAUGUACUGUGUGGAGAAGCAACUCUUUCCAUUGAUUAUAGAGACUGAUUCCAUGACCAUGAAAAUGAUUAUCAAUGCUGAAUGAAAGAUCCCUUGGAGUGACUGUGGAGCAUAUACAUAGAGAAGGAAAUGGACUUUCAGACUUUUUAACUAACUUUGUUUUUGAUUUUGUAGGUGCAGUUCAGUUUCAUAAUUUUCAAGAACUACCAAGUCAAGCUAAGAAGAUUCUGAAUUUGGAAAAAAUAGGAAUUCCUAACUUGAGAGUAAGAACUCUACAAGACAAAGAACCAGAUUAAAGUCCUUGAUACCAACACUAAAAUCCAUUGCUAAGUACAGAAUUUCAACCGACUAUGAGCUAUUGCAGCAUAUGUAUUAAGGUGGUAUCAGUGUGCUUGUCAUGCUCAUUCCUUAAUAUAAAUGUUGUGAUGCUCAUGAUAUAAGUAGCAGACUGUACUGGUUAUGGAUCAAGCAAGAUAGUGGCCUGGUUUUCAUGAAGACGGUGAUAUACACAGCAAUAUACAACUACUUUCAAGCUUGCCUGAAGAAUGAUUCAUAUGACUUGAAGCUUUCCACCUAUGAGACUUUGAAGGUAGACAGGGAGACGGUGUGGAUCCGUAGGAGCUUAUCAGCAGAUUCACAGGAGCACUCCAUUAUUCCUAGUUGCUACUUAUAAUCAUAUUCUUUUGUAUAUAUAUUUUGGGUACGACGGUGUCCUGUCCCGUCCUUAUGUCUAGUACUCUAGUAGAGGCUCGUAGCUACGUACGUAUGGGUUGUUAAUGUCCCACGAUGAUCACAUUGUACUUUUGUAUAUCAUUUUUGUAGCCAUGAGGGCUUAUGUAUAUAGAUAUGGGUUACUUGGGAGA